ACCAGCAUGAGACCUACGACUAUCGAGAGGGAGGGGAUCUGCGGUGCUAUUAGCGUUGUCACCGUCACUCUGUCUGGAUUAAAGAUUGUAAUCAAAUCAAGGACCAUACAAUACUACUCGGCAGCCCGACCGUCUCAAAAACGCACUGGUCAAGCCAGACAACAAAGGCCGUGAACGCGGCAUGCAGG